GUCGAGGCGAGUGGUUGCUCGCGCUCCUUCCUCUCUCUCGUCACCUCUGUGUCGGUGGUGUGUGUGUAUGUGUGUGAAUCAGGUGGAUAUUAUUCACACACACAUACAUACAUACAUACGCGCGCGUACAUACACGGGCUACUCAACCUGGUGUAUAAAAAGGAAGGCAGCAGUCGAAAGGUUAAACAAUGCAGGUGCUGCUGCUUAUAAUGCUGGGGACUGUAUGUUCCCAGCUAGCAGGUGGGCUUAAUUUAUAUUAUCUACCUCCUCAACAAGCCAGAAUACCAGAACCAGCUUCAACGACACCGCCAGUAGCCUCUACAGGAGCUCCCAUAGAGACAACUUCCUCAACGCCUAAAGUAGAAGCCCCGCCACCUGAAGAAGUAUCCCAGCCGGCCGAAGGAGCCCCGCCACCUGAAGAAGUAUCCCAGCCGGCCGAAGGAGCCCCGCCACCUGAAGAAGUAUCCCAGCCGGCCGAAGGAGCCCCGCCACCUGAAGAAGUAUCCCAGCCGGCCGAAGGAGCCCAGCCAUCUGAAGAAGUAUCCCAGCCGGCCGAAGGAGCCCAGCCAUCUGAAGAAGUAUCCCAGCCGGCCGAAGGGGCCCUGUCGCCUGAGCCGUGCUCAGAGCUAUGUCCUUUCAACUAUGACCCCGUCUGCGGCAGCGACGAGGUCACAUACACCAACCCCUGCUCCUUUAACAACGCUGUCUGCCGGAACCCGGACAUCGUCAAGAGUUACCACGGCCCUUGUGUGCCGUUUCUAUUUGAUGCCGUCGUCCGAAUCGGUACAACGUCGCCGAGGCCUGACGGAGGCGCUGUAGCAGGCGGCGACAACGACGUCUCCCCUGCGUGUCGCGCCGCCUGCACCCGGAUCUACCUGCCUCUGUGUGCCAGCAACGGAAAGACUUACAACAACAGAUGCACUUAUGAGCUGGAUUCCUGUCUGUCUCAGCAAGCAGGGGGACCCCCCAUCACCGUGGUAGCUGAAGGACCUUGUGAUGAUACCGUCAUUAGUCCUGGAGCCUUGGAUCCUGUUCAUGCUGAAGUCGGGGAAUCAGUUCCUCCUGGAGUACAGGAUCCCAUUGGUUCUGGAGCAGGGGAUUCUAUUGUUCCUGGAAUAGACCCAGUAGUUGAGGUUCCUGCUGUCCCGGGAGCUGAGACUCCCGUUUCUCCUGCUGGAGGAGCUCCAGCUUCCUCCUGCAAGGAGAACUGCCAGAAGAUCUACAUUCCCGUGUGUGGCAGCGACGGCGUCACCUACAACAACCCGUGUAUCCUGGGGGAGGCCCACUGCAAGAGUCUGGAGGCCGGCGGCAGCGGCGUCGCCCUCGCCUACGACGGCGUCUGUGAGCAGAGUACAGGGCCAGAAGCCGUGCCAUCAGAACAGGUGCCAGGGACCCCGAGCGACCCCAAGGUGGACUCCAGGGUCACCCCAGCCCCUGCCUCAUCCUGCCCUGAGCAGUGCACCAGGAUCUUCACGCCCGUGUGUGGCAGCGACGGCGUCACCUACAAAAACCCGUGUAUCCUGGGGGAGGCCCACUGCAAGAGUCUGGAGGCCGGCGGCAGCGGCGUCGCCCUCGCCUACGACGGCGUCUGUGGGAGACCGAUCGUCCCGGGACAGGAACCAUCAGGACAGGUGCCAGGGGCCCCUAGCGACCCAAAGGUGGACACCAGGGUCACCCCAGCCUCCUCCUGCCCUGAGCAGUGCACCAGGAUCUUCACGCCCGUGUGCGGCAGCGACGGCGUCUCCUACAACAACCUGUGUUUACUGGAGAUCGCAGACUGUAGGAGCAGAGAAGCUGGAGGGACCGGCGUCGUGGCUGUGUCUGAUGGCUACUGUGGAGAACCUGUUGUCCCUGGAGCUGUAGAUCCUGUUGGACCCGUAGCUGUAGAUCCUGUUGGACCCGGAGUUGAGGCUCCCGUUUCUCCUGCUGGAGGAGCUCCAGUGUCCUCCUGCGUUAAAAGCUGCCAGAAGAUCUACAUUCCCGUGUGUGGCAGCGACGGCGUCACCUACAACAACCCGUGUAUCCUGGGGGAGGCCCACUGCAAGAGUCUGGAGGCCGGCGGCAGCGGCGUCGCCCUCGCCUACGACGGCGUCUGUGGGAGACCGAUCGUCUCGGGACAGGAGCCAUCAGGACAGGUGCCAGGGGCCCCUAGCGACCCCAAGGUGGACACCAGGGUCACCCCAGCCCCUGCCUCCUCCUGCCCUGAGCAGUGCACCAGGAUCUUCACGCCCGUGUGCGGCAGCGACGGCGUCUCCUACAACAACCUGUGUUUACUGGAGAUCGCAGACUGUAGGAGCAGAGAAGCUGGAGGGACCGGCGUCGUGGCUGUGUCUGAUGGCUACUGUGGAGAACCUGUUGUCCCUGGAGCUGUAGAUCCUGUUGGACCCGUAGCUGUAGAUCCUGUUGGACCCGGAGUUGAGGCUCCCGUUUCUCCUGCUGGAGGAGCUCCAGCGUCCUCCUGCGUUAAAAGCUGCCAGAAGAUCUACAUUCCCGUGUGUGGCAGCGACGGCGUCACCUACAACAACCCGUGUAUCCUGGGGGAGGCCCACUGCAAGAGUCUGGAGGCCGGCGGCAGCGGCGUCGCCCUCGCCUACGACGGCGUCUGUGAACGACCAAUCGUCUCGGGACAGGAGCCAUCAGGACAGGUGCCAGGGGCCCCUAGCGACCCCAAAGUGGACACCAGGGUCACCCCAGCCCCUGCCCCCUCCUGCCCUGAGCAGUGCACUAGGAUCUUCACGCCCGUGUGCGGCAGCGACGGCGUCUCCUACAACAACCUGUGUUUACUGGAGAUCGCAGACUGUAGGAGCAGAGAAGCUGGAGGGACCGGCGUCGUGGCUGUGUCUGAUGGCUACUGUGCUGACGGAGUCCAGGUCGACGCUCUUCCUCCAGCUGGCGGAGCUUCCCCCGUCGACGCUACAUCUUCUGCAGGUGAACCAGAAGGGUCUGAACUCCUGCCGGGCAUUGUCGACAUUCGGGUGUUCGUGCCGCAGUGCGUCGACAACUGCACGCAGGAGGUGACGCCGGCGUGUGGCAGCAACGGCCACACCUACACCAACCUCUGUUUACUGUUGCUCGCUGACUGUUAUAACAGGGAGUCGGGAGGAACAGGGGUCCAGGAGAGGGACUCCAGCUUCUGCGAGAGACCGAUCGUCUCGGGACAGGAGCCAUCAGGACAGGUGCCAGGGGCCCCUAGCGACCCCAAGGUGGACUCCAGGGUCACCCCAGCCAUUGCCUCCUCCUGCCCUGAGCAGUGCACCAGGAUCUUCACGCCCGUGUGCGGCAGCGACGGCGUCUCCUACAACAACCUGUGUUUACUGGAGAUCGCAGACUGUAGGAGCAGAGAAGCUGGAGGGACCGGCGUCGUGGCUGUGUCUGAUGGCUACUGUGGAGAACCUGUUGUCCCUGGAGCUGUAGAUCCUGUUGGACCCGUAGCUGUAGAUCCUGUUGGACCCGUAGCUGUAGAUCCUGUUGGUCCCGUAGCUGUAGAUCCUGUUGGUCCCGUAGCUGUAGAUCCUGUUGGUCCGGGAGUUGAAGCUCCCGUUUCUCCUGCUGGAGGAGCUCCAGCGUCCUCCUGCAAUAAGAGCUGCCAGAAGAUCUACAUUCCCGUGUGUGGCAGCGACGGCGUCACCUACAACAAUCUGUGUUUACUGGAGAUCGCAGACUGUAGGAGCAGAGAAGCUGGAGGGACCGGCGUCGUGGCUGUGUCUGACGGCCGCUGUGGAGUCCCAGUAGUAGAAGACGACAAAGGGGAGGCGAUAACGUCCUCUUCUACAGGAGUUGCUGAGGAAGGUACUAAGGUAGAGGAAGUUCCGGCUUACAUUCCCCCAGUGCGCACCUCCACCACCUCCUGCCAAAGUGACUGCACGAACCUUCAGGAGCCCGUGUGUGGCUCUGAUGGCGUCACCUAUGAGAACGAGUGCAUCCUGGACGUAGCCAGCUGCAGGCGCCGGGAGGACGGCGGCGAGGGGAUCUACAUCGUCAGCGGCGGUUCUUGUGAUGACAUCAAGUCACCAGUUGAAGUUGAUAAAGCAACAGCCUGUCGAGAGCAGUGUACGAAAAUCUACCUUCCGGUCUGCGGCAGUGACGGCAACACGUACGACAAUGAAUGUCUUUUGGAUGUUGUCAAUUGCAAGAGAUGGGAGGAAGGCGAGAAGGGCAUCUACAUCAUCCACGAGGGGCGCUGUGAGGAUGAAGGCAUUGGAGACCUUGCAGUACCUUCUGUGCCUGAUCAGUCGCUAGCAGCACCCAUAGACUCGCCAUCAGAAACCAUUCCAUCCCCAUCCGUGCCAGUUGAGUCUCCCCUUCUGGCGUCUCUGGGCGUAUCCUACAGCGCCUCUACGUCCCCGUGCCCGGAGCAGUGUGCCGAAGAUUACUCUCCUGUCUGUGGUACCGACAACCUGACGUAUGACAGCCAUUGCGUCCUGGAGGAGACCAGCUGCAGGAGACGGUCAGCGGGAGAUGAUAUAAUCAGAAAGGCUUUCGAUGGACCCUGCGUGGCCGCCCUGCCCCGAGGCCCAGUGUGUGACAGGAGAUGUGACGGCGGUGUGGCGCUAGUGUGUGGCAGUGACGGAGAGACCUACAACAGUCGCUGUCUCCUGGAACACGCCGACUGUCUCAACCCUUUCGCCACCAUCGCUUUUGUGAAGGACGGCCCUUGUGAUUCAUCAAUAACACUUCUGGAAUUAUCGUCAUCGUCAUCAUCAGAGGACGAUUCCGAUACUGAGGACGUAGCGUUUCCCCACCUUGGUUACCUCCCUCCAUUUUAGACAGCAAGAGCCGCACGUUCCUAUCUCCUUCAGGGGACUGUGUACAUUGCUUUAUCUUCAACGAUAGGUGCAAGAGACCAAGAGGUAGCCAUCUUCGGCGUCAUCAGAAGCAGAAUUACCUUUGCUGGUUUAUAUAUAUAUAUAAAAAGAUCCGUCACGGCCAGUUCGUAUGGCCUAUGGAUACCGCAGUUACCCCAUACACGCUGCUUACUCCGUCUGUGAUAUACGCAAAUCUAUAUAUCUUAUAAUAUUUUGCUAUUAGUAUUGUUUUCCCAUGAACAGCCAGACCAGAUAACAACCAGAAAUAUACUUGAACUCAGCAGCUUGAGAUCAUCCAUGCAUACACACCUUAUAUAUAUAUAUAUAUAUAUAUAUAUAUAUAUAUAUAUAUAUAUAUAUAUAUAUAUAUAUAUAUAUAUAUAUAUAUACCGCCAUUAGAUUUAUCACAGUAUAAAUAACUCUGAAAUUUCAAAGUUAUUGUGCUAAAAUAGUUACCAUAACCAGGAGGGGGUUACUUCUGCCAUAUUACAUGAAACUAAGUUACCAUGAGGUUACCAUACAUGACACAAUAGGGAGGAAUAGGAAAGACAUGAGUGCCAGGCAGGCCAUUAUGUACACCUUUGCGAUAGUCAUUUGUCAGAGAAACUUAUAUGAUAUUGGAAUAAUUUAGUAGUAAGGUGUUAACGAUGGUUCACAGAUUUCAUUGUUUCUGUCCCAGAUAUUUUUCAGACCAAAACGAUUCCAAUUCUGUCACUCACCCACAUGUCCUUGUCCGUGUACCAUUCAUCUGUGUUUUCUAGAAUUCUACGUGGCAUGCACUAAAUAUCAUAAACAAUGAUAUGUAUUGAUCACACUAUUAAUAUAUAAAUUCUGACUGAUGUCUAGUAUAUAGACGGACAUUUGGACCUAAAUUGAAGGUUUUUCUCUGAUUACAUUCUUUGUAAAGUUUUGCAUAAAGAAUAAUAUGUA